AAGUCAUCUAUUAGUAAACACAGCACCAACAAUGCCUAAGCAUUGAAUAUGCAGGCAUGGAAGUUAGAAAUGUAAAUCCACAGCAAGUAAGGGCACUGUUGAAUGUAGAACUGACCAAAAUUAAGCCACAGUAGCAUAAGUACAAUUUUCAUAGCAAGGGUGCAGAAAAGGAUACUGGGUUUGUAGAAGAGAUUGUAAUGAAUUCUUAUUCAAGAACUGGAGAAGAUCCCAGAAGGAAGUGUUCUUUGAACUAGAGGUUAAAAAUGAGCAUUUCAUACAGAAGAAUGCUAUUAACCAAAGUCAGGGAGGCAGGAACUAGCUUUUCAGGGAGGGAAUGACAAUGCAGGAUGAUAGUUCAGUAUAACUUGAGAGGUUAUGUGGGAAGGCUGUGAGUACAGUGGUAAGGUAUAUUGAUCUUAGAUCUAGAAAUUCCUUUGAAAGGUUUUGAACUUGCUCCCAUAGGAUCUGCUGGAGUGCAGUUAGAAUGUUUAAACAAAAGGAGAAAGAAAUCAAAAGGAAGAAAACUGGAAUCAUCCAGACAGCUGGGAAAUGAUGAAGAGUGGAAACAGGGAGCACGCUCUGUGGGGAAAUUUGCUGGAAUGGGAGGUGGUGGGUGAGCUUCUGACAAAGCCAUGGAUAUGUUAUACAACAAUCAAGAAGUCAAUGAAAGAGGGCUUUCCAUCAAUACUCCGGAUUAAGUUAUAAAAAUGGAAUUGGAUGUUAUUGUACCCUUUUGCAUGGUGAAUCCAGCUGUGGGCAGUGUAUUCUGUUCUUCACUUCCAGUGAGUCAGAGUUUUAUAAAUGGACUCUGACAUGGACUACGAAAGGCCCAACGUGGAAACCAUCAAGUGUGUGGUCGUGGGGGACAAUGCCGUGGGGAAGACACGCCUGAUCUGUGCCAGGGCGUGUAAUACCACGCUGACGCAGUACCAGCUGCUGGCCACCCAUGUACCAACCGUGUGGGCGAUUGACCAGUACCGCGUCUGCCAGGAGGUCCUAGAGCGUUCCCGGGAUGUUGUCGAUGAAGUAAGCGUUUCUCUUAGACUUUGGGAUACUUUUGGUGAUCAUCACAAAGACAGACGUUUUGCAUAUGGCAGGUCUGACGUUGUGGUACUCUGUUUUUCCAUCGCUAAUCCUAAUUCCCUAAAUCAUGUGAAAACCAUGUGGUAUCAAGAAAUUAAGCACUUCUGUCCUCGAACACCUGUUGUCUUAGUUGGCUGCCAGCUUGACCUCCGCUAUGCUGAUCUGGAGGCUGUUAAUCGGGCCAGACGUCCAUUAGCAAGGCCAAUAAAGAGAGGGGAUAUUUUGCCCCCAGAAAAAGGCCGUGAGGUGGCCAAGGAACUUGGUAUCCCAUAUUAUGAGACAAGUGUAUUUGACCAGUUUGGAAUCAAGGACGUGUUUGACAAUGCAAUCCGUGCAGCACUAAUUUCACGCCGGCACCUGCAGUUCUGGAAAUCCCACUUAAAGAAAGUCCAGAAACCCCUACUUCAGGCACCUUUCCUACCUCCAAAAGCCCCUCCACCGGUCAUCAGAAUUCCAGACUGUCCUUCCACAGGGACAAAUGAAGCUGCCUGUUUACUGGACAAUCCUCUGUGUGCCGAUGUCCUGUUCAUUCUUCAGGACCAGGAGCACAUCUUUGCGCAUCGAAUAUACCUUGCUACCUCUUCUUCCAAGUUUUACGACCUUUUCCUAAUGGAAUGUGGAGAAUCCCCAAAUUGGGGUGAGGGAGUUUGUGAGCAAGAGAUGCAGAAUAAGGAUUGCAUGAUGAAUCCUGAUCCAGAUGAGGAAGGGCAGGAAGGCCCCCCAAGGACGCCACAGGCUAAUGAUGAGAUGUUCUCAAGCAAGGAUUUGUCAGAAAGCCUGAGACUGGAUGCAGAGGCCACUGUUGCUGAGAUGCAGAAUUUGUCAGACUGGAGUAAAGGGUUCAUCAGCAUACACAAGGAAAUGCAAGUCAAUCCUAUCUCCAAACGUGUAGGAACCAUGACAAUCGUCCAGAUGGACUCAUCAGUACAGUCAGGCCCUUUCCGGACCUUGCUCCAGUUUCUAUAUACAGGGCAACUGGAUGAAAAAGAAAAGGAUUUGGUGGGGCUAGCUCAGAUCGCAGAGGUCCUAGAGAUGUUUGAUUUGAGGAUGAUGGUGGAAAAUAUCAUGAACAAGGAAGCCUUUAUGAACCAGGAAAUUACCAAAGCCUUUCACGUCAGGAAAGCCAACCGGAUAAAAGAGUGUCUCAGCAAGGGGACCUUCUCAGACGUGACAUUUACAUUGGAUGAUGGAGCCAUCAGUGCCCAUAAGCCACUGCUGAUCUGUGGUUGUGAGUGGAUGGCAGCCAUGUUUGGAGGAUCCUUUGUGGAAAGUGCCAAAAGUGAGAUAUAUCUCCCAAACAUAAACAAGAUGUCAAUGCAAGCAGUGUUGGAUUAUCUCUAUACCAAGCAAUUGUCCCCCACCUUGGAUCUGGACCCUGUGGAGCUAAUUGCCUUGGCAAACAGAUUUUGCCUGCCACACUUGGUUGCACUGGCAGAGCAGCAUGCCGUCCAGGAGCUGACUAAGGCUGCAGUGAGUGGUGUGGGCAUCGAUGGUGAAGUGCUCUCUUACUUGGAACUGGCCCAGUUUCACAAUGCUAACCAAUUGGCUGCCUGGUGUUUGCACCACAUCUGCACCAACUACAACAGUGUGUGUGCCAAGUUCCGCAAAGAAAUCAAAUCAAAAUCUGCAGAAAACCAGGAGUACUUUGAGCGGCACCGCUGGCCCCCAGUGUGGUACCUAAAGGAGGAGGACCACUACCAGCGAGUGAAAAGGGAGCGUGAGAAGGAAGAUAUUGCAUUGAAUAAACAUCACUCGAGACGAAAGUGGUGCUUCUGGAACUCAUCUCCAGCGGUGGCCUGAAGAGAAAGAGAGAAGACACCCAGUAAAUGUGAUACUUCACUUUUCAAAGCACUACUGUAAAAUUAGUCUUCUGAUUAGAGAUAUGACCGUAGUUCAGGUUUCAGGCACUGACCUUCCUCCACUAUUGUGCAUUUCUCUUCCUUAAGAUCAAAGCACAAGCUCACCAUCAAUGAGCCUGGACAAAA